AUGGCGUCAUGGUCAUCGUCGUCCACGCAGCGGAGCAGCGGCGCGACCAUGCCGUGCUCCGUGGUAAAGCUCGACGACGACCUGCUGCACCACGAGGAGGAGACCGCCGAGGAGAUCCGGCGCGGCCCGUGGACCGUGGAGGAGGACCUCACACUCGUCAACUACAUCGCCGACCACGGCGAUGACCGCUGGAACUCCCUCGCCCGCGCCGCCGGGCUUAAGCGGACGGGGAAGAGCUGCCGGCUGCGGUGGCUGAACUACCUCCGGCCGGACGUGAAGCGCGGCAACUUCACCGCCGACGAGCAGCUUCUCAUCCUCGACCUCCACUCCCGCUGGGGUAACAGGUGGUCCAAGAUAGCUCAACACCUUCCUGGGAGGACCGACAAUGAGAUCAAAAACUACUGGAGGACAAGGGUGCAAAAGCACGCCAAGCAGCUCAACUGUGAUGCUAACAGCACCAAGUUCAAGGAUGCCAUGAAGUAUCUAUGGAUGCCUCGCCUUGCUGACCACCACCUUCAGCAAGCAUCUACAGUAGGUGAUCAUCUUGUGCCUGGGCCACCAACGGCCUACAUGGAGAGCUCCGGCAUGGUGACAUCGUCGUCCGACUCGUUUGCAUCGGAGUCAUAUGAUGGUGCACGCUGUGCAAAUGCGAGCGUGGGAGAGAUGAUACAUAGUGGGGAUUGGGUUCAAGAGCAGAAUCAAGGGUUUUGGCCUGAGACAAACCAGAAUUUCCAGCUUCAAGACUCGGAGUUGUCUGGAUGGGUACAAGGGUUCUCCGAGUCCGACAGCCUCGCUGAGAAUUUUUGGAGUUUGGAGGACAUUUGGAAGAUGCAAUGA